CCAUAGCAUCAAGUCACUACCUUCACAGGAAGGUAGUGAGUUUAUUACACAGAGCCCACACUUUUCUUUUUAGAUGCAGUUACAUCUUUGUGUUCAUUAAGGUCUUUUCUGCUGAGCAACAUUGACAAAAUACUUUUACCUCUGGAUUUAAAACUCCAGUCUCACAUGCUUCACCUGAGAGCUCUGUAUGGUUCAGUCAUGUUGAGCUAAAGGGACAAUCCACUAAUUUUACACCAAAGUAAAGAAGCCUCCUCUAUGCUUCCUGUAAAAUGACUGCUGAGUCCAUGAAAUCUGUGUAUCAUGUCUUCAUAGCUGUGAAGGGGCUUUCAGAAGUCUGAGAAUAAAAUAAUGAAUGAUAGUGUCCGUGAACAGAUUCAUUUUACCUUAAAAAACUGUGCAACAAAUUUAUUUCAAGUGCAUUUCGAUGUGCAAAUUCAGCAAAAUUGUGUAUCAAUUCCUGCAACAUGACAACAAGGAAAUCAUUUCAAUAAAAAGGAAGAUCUGUCAGAGGCAGAUAUCACGUUACCAAAGCUAUAAAUAACUCUGUUCUUCUACAUUUUUUUUAUGUAUUUUGAAAUGACAAAUUUUCACUGCAUAAUAUUUGUCUUACCUGGCUGCGUAACAGACACUCAAAUCCAUGCAUUUUUUAACAUGUAGUGCAAAUAAUCCGCCGGAAGAUGUCGCCGCUCCCUCUCCCGCCACAGAGACACUCAAAAGGCUCUGACUCCUCUGCUCUCAAUGAGUGGACCCUUUUUCUAUUGUAACAGAGAGGGAAUGGGACAGACAGAGACAGAGGUGGGCAGAGGUGUGACUGAGUGGACAGACAGAGGCAGAGGGAGACUCAGAGCCAACUGGGCUUUUGCCAUUUCUUAUUCUUAUUUAGGGAUUUCAAAGAGGGGGAAGAGACUGAAGUAGUAUGGCAGUAGUUUUUCGUGCGUAAACGGGAUAGCUUGUUUUCCAAAUUCUUUGGAGUUGUGCUACACUUUCUGACAGAGCAGUUUAUUGAUAGUGUCCUGGGUGGAGUUUUCUUUGCCUCCGCAAGAGUCCCUGCGGUGCACGGAUUACAAUGCAAAAGAUUUUGGAGGUUUGGGUCACCUUGGUGACAGUUUCUACGCUGACCAAGGGGGUCUUUGGAGGAUACGGGCUCAGCAUGUUUGCUGCUCAGUCUUCCCCUCCAGACCCGUGCUAUGAUGAGAACGGGAACCCUCGGAGAUGCAUCCCCGACUUCGUCAACUCCGCAUUCGGUAAGGACGUGCGCGUAUCCAGCACCUGUGGCAACCCCGCCGCCAGGUACUGCGUGGUGACCGAGAAGGGAGAGGAGAGGACGAGGGACUGUCACACGUGCGACGCCGGGGACCCCAAGAAGUCCCAUCCACCUGCGUAUUUAACAGAUCUCAACAACCCUCACAACCUCACCUGCUGGCAGUCUGAAAACUACGUGCAGUACCCGCAGAACGUCACCCUCACAUUGUCGCUCGGUAAAAAGUUUGAGGUCACCUACGUGAGCCUGCAGUUUUGCUCACCCAGACCCGAAUCGAUGGCAAUCUACAAGUCCAUGGACUACGGCAAAUCGUGGGUACCGUUUCAGUUUUAUUCCACUCAGUGCAAGAAAAUGUACAACAGGCAGAACAAGGCGGCAAUCACCAAGCAGAACGAACAAGAAGCCAUCUGCACGGACUCCCACACGGACAUGCACCCUCUGACAGGUGGACUCAUCGCCUUCAGCACCCUGGACGGCAGACCGUCGGCGCACGACUUCGACAAUUCCCCAGUGUUGCAGGACUGGGUGACGGCCACCGACAUCAAGGUGAUCUUCAGUCGGCUUCACACUUUCGGAGACGAGAACGAGGACGACUCGGAGCUUGCCCGAGACUCUUACUUUUACGCCGUGUCGGACCUGCAGGUCGGAGGACGCUGCAAGUGCAACGGACACGCUUCAAAAUGCGUCAAGGACAGAGAAGGGAAUCUGGUUUGUGAGUGCAAACACAACACGGCGGGACCAGAGUGCGACAGGUGCAAACCUUUCCACUAUGACCGACCUUGGCAGCGCGCCACGGCCAGAGAAGCCAACGAGUGUGUGGCCUGCCACUGUAAUCUGCACGCCAGACGCUGUCGUUUCAACAUGGAGCUGUACAAGCUGUCAGGCCGGAGGAGUGGUGGCGUCUGUCUCAACUGUCGCCACAACACAGCGGGACGACAUUGCCACUACUGCAAAGAGGGUUACUACAGGGACAUGACCAAGUCCAUCUCUCACCGCAGAGCUUGCAAAGCAUGCGAUUGCCAUCCAGUUGGAGCAGCAGGGAAGACUUGUAACCAGACAACAGGCCAAUGCCCCUGCAAGGACGGAGUGACAGGAAUCACCUGUAACCGCUGUGCCAAGGGCUACCAGCAGAGCCGCUCUCCCAUUGCCCCCUGCAUCAAGAUUCCAGUUGCCUCUCCUACAGCAACUUACAACAGCUAUGAGGAGCCUUCAGACUGUGAAUCUCAUUGUAAAGCUUCCAAAGGAAAGAUGAAGAUCACCAUGAAGAAGUACUGUAAAAAAGACUACGCUGUCCAAGUGCACGUUCUAAAAGGAGACAAGGCAGGCGAGUGGUGGAAGUUCACCGUCAACAUCAUUUCUGUCUACAAACAAGGUGAGCACCGCAUCCGACGUGGGGACCAGCUGCUGUGGGUGCGUGCCAAGGACGUGGCCUGCAAAUGUCCAAAGAUCAAGCCUGGGAGGAAGUACCUGCUUCUGGGCACAGACGAUGAUUCCCCCGGGCAGAGUGGAGUGGUGGCAGACAAGGGAAGCCUGCUCAUCCCUUGGAAGGACCUGUGGGGCCGUCGGCUGAGGAAGUUCCAACAGCGUGAUAAAAGGGGAAAGUGCUAAAAGAGAGAAGGAGAUUGAGGGAGAGGUGGAGGCAAAAUAACAUCUCCACUGGGAUGAAUGCAAGAAAGAGGGAAGGAUGAAUGAAAAAAAAACUGGAAUAGUAUAAGAUAGAAAGACACAGGUGAAAAGUAGGAGAGUUGGGGAAUGACUGAGUGCUGCUGCUCUGGGUUGGAGCAAAGAUUUUAGCGUUUUUUUUUAGGAACUUUUGUGAAGGAGCUCAUUUUACAGUUGUCCGGUCUGUGUUUGUCUCUCAAGGUUUGUUGAAAUUGUUUGUUGUGUAAUUGCAGAGUUUGCACCUAAUGUUACAGAUAUGUCACAUCCUGACUAUUUUACCCAUGAUGCCGUUGUUUUUUACAAGUUUUUUUCAGUUGUUUUAAAGAGCAAUGCAUCUACUGUAUCACCCUUUUGUAUUUUAAGAGGAUCUGUUUCCACUGUGCUGUGCUUUAUCUUAACAGCUGGAAGUGAAAAAAUUGUGAAAUUAUUCGUAACCGUGGAAAAAGUAAUAGGUGCCAUUUUGUCUGAGAUCUCCCUGUUCAUAUGUGAGUGUUACCUCAGUGAAACAACUCGUGUUAUAGGAACAAAAUGCCAUAACGAUCCUCUGCUUCUUCUGUGUAAUGAUCAUCUUUCACAUUCUUCACAAGUCUUCGCUCAGCGCUUAUUGAUAAAUAAAAGAUAUGUUGUGGUUGUGACCUCUGCAAUGUAAAAUAACCAUACGUGCAUACUUAGACAUUAUUUUUAGUAGACAGUGCUGUAGCAUCAACUAGAUGUAGAUGUGUCAACCAUGCACUUAUUUUUACUAGUCAAAUGUUUUAGAACAUAUGAGAUAUGUUCACAUUUUAAGAGUGGCAUCCAAAAAGAAAAAUAUCCCAUACUGUACUAUAUCACGCAAGAAAGCUGCGUAGUUCAAACCCUGCUUGCCUUGUUGGAUGUCUCAAACAUUUGCAAGUGGGAGAACUGAUGAAGUGAAACCUCUCACUUCAUUAAAAAAAAAAGGGAAUAUUGACCUAUCGAGCAAUCUUCAUACCACUGAUGUGAUGCAUGCUCACUAUUUACUAGCUGACUGAUAGCUAACAAUGAUUGUGAAUUAUGUACACAUUUAAUUUGUAUACAGUAUUCAGUGUUGUGGGAAAAUAACCUGUGGAGUGAUAGAAUAUCACAGAUGUUUAUUGUACAGUGCGUUUAUCAACCCGCGUCAGAUGUUCAUCACCUCAGAGCGACUUUUUGAGGACUGGAUUCCAUUAUCAAGACUUGGUACUCGACAAAAAGGCAUGACUGAUUGUCUACAUGUUAUAUAGCUGUAUAGUAUUACUUUUUUUAUUUUUUGUUAAACAUUAACUAGAUCUAUCUCCAUGUGAACGUAACCAGAGUUUUAAAUACUAGAGGCUUAAUAAAUGACAAGGCAAAUAAAUGAAUGUCAGAUAUGUCUCAUGUUUACGUGAGCACCCUGAAGAUCACACACAUACACUCUCUCUCACUGAGAAACUAUGACUCAGUUUACACAUGCACAAAACCAUACGCAGUACAUAAACACACACAUGCACUUAAAUACAAGGGUGCACCUCAGUACUCUGUGCAUCAUACUGUAUGUCUUUAAAAACUACAACGCACCUAUUAUGCCUCUGCCAACACAUCUGCACCGACACAUUUACAGGCCUUUGCAGAAAGGUACUCCUUACCACAGUUCUGCUCCUCAUAAAUAUUAUACCUGAAUAAUUAUCUCUGCUCAUGUUUAUAUGUUAGCUUGUAAAUGUUGUUUAGUAGUGUCCAUUGCAAAUGGUUGUGUAAUGUCUUGUAAUACUAAUAUAUUAUGUUUAUCACAAAGAAUAUAUUUAAUGACACAUGAAACAAUGUGGCUUUUGUGUUUUUUGGUUUUUUUUUUUGAUCUUUUAUUUUUUACUUUUUGCAUUGAAUUGUAGAUGGCUGUAAUGACAAGUAUUGAUAAGUGUUUGGCUAUUGAACAGCCUGAUAGAACUGAAAAUUAAUUCCUCUGAAAUAAAGCAAUGUAAAAAAAAAAAAAAAAA